GUCCCAAAUCACUCUCAACACCGCGGUUCAGCAGCGCCUGCAGGGGAGAGCGGGGUCGCGCCCCCUGUGGUUCUGGGAGAUAACGAUGAAGCGUGAGCGUUUUAAACCGCCCGAGCCGGACGAUCCGAUCUGCUGCUGCGACUGCGAUGAAGUGGACGACGUGUGUGAAAGGUUGUUCUGUACGGACUGGGAGAAACCGCCGUCUCUGUCCCGUUUCCUCCCGGGUCACGUGGACCUCUCCGUGCUCCCGCCCAUGUUCCUGCUCCCUGUUCUGCUGCGCGUGGCGGCGCUGCACUGCAUGCUGGGAGCCGCGGUCCUGACGGCCAUCCCCGUCCUGGUGCUGUGGUAUUACUACGUCACUCACCGCAGGAAGAGACGCACGCUGUUCUUCCUCACGCUGGCGCUCUUCUCUCUGGUCUACAUGUACUUCCUGUUCAUCACCGAGAUCCUGCCCCGGGGCACCGUGAGUACCCGGCAGCUGGUCACCGUGACGACCGGCAUGAUCACUACGCUCGUCCUGCUCGCCCGAACCAAACGAGGUCCGGGGCUCGUCCGGGCCGAACGCGCCGAUGGGAACGGAGUCUCGUGUCAAGGUCCCGCCUGUACAAACGGGGUCGGCCAAUCGGAGAGUCCGGGCGGAGGGGAGGGGACGUGGUGUCCCGUGUGCCGCUUGGCGCGGCCGCCCAGGGCGGGGCACUGCCGGAUCUGUGGGGAGUGUGUGCUGAGGAUGGACCAUCACUGUGUCUGGAUAAACUGUUGUAUAGGACAGGCCAAUCACAGGCACUUCCUGCUGACGCUCCUCCUGUUUAUGAUGACAUCACUGUAUGGGAUCAGCACGGUCCUGCACACAGUGUGUCCACGCCAGAGUGUGUUCAUCGCCCUGGUGUACUGUCCCGGGGUGUAUAACCAGUACAGUACGGCUCUGUGCUUCACCUGUGUGUGGUACAGCUCUAUGGUGACGGCGGCGCUCUGUUACCUGCUGCUGCUUCAGCUGAUAAACGUGAGCUGUAACGUGACGGAGCGUGAGGUCCACAUCGCCCUGCGCUACAGAACCGGGCGGAGUCGCUGCUGUGGCAUCGUCGUGGAAACAGGCGCGUACACACGAGGCUUCCUGCAGAACUGGCUGGAGUUUCUCCUCAUGAACACAAAGCCACGGAGCUCCGUCACCCCGCCACACCCCGUGUGA